AUGGAGAUAUGGCAUGGCAAAGUAUGCAACAUAAUAUGCGUUUCUGGGGACUUAGCAGAAAAUAUACCCCGCGAAAACGUGGACGGGACGGAGGGAUCCGGGCGCGGGGCGCAGCGUUUGGUUCCUGGUCUUGGUGGAUCUGGUCCAACUUCUCCGGAUCCGACCGGAGAACGAAUCCGGCGACGGCGAGGGCCUCCGGCAAGGUGGCGGCCGGCGGGGGAGGCAUGGGACGGCGGGGAGGCGCGGCGCGAGGAUCCUCCGGCGAGCUCCGGCGGCCGGAGGAGAGGCGCAGCUGGGCGGCGAGGUGGCCGGCGUCGGGCGGCGGAGCAGAGGCGCGAGGCAGCGGCGACUGCUCCGGGAGGGGCGACGGGCGGCUCCGGCGGCGGGGCCGAAGAUGGCGGCGGUGCUCGGGGCAGAGAGCGGAGGAGGCGACGGAGCGAGGGGGCGGCGCUCGGGGCGGCGGCGGCGGGUGGCGCCGGCGAAGCCCUGCGGCGGCGGGGUAGGCGCGGCCCGGCGAGCGACCGGGCGGGCGCGGCGGCGGACGGUGGCGGAGUCCGGCGAGUGAGGCGCGAGGCGGCGGCGCCCUUCGGGUGCGGGGUGGCAGAGAAGCUGGGCGGCGCCGGCUAG